CAUAUAUACACAUCCUACCUUUAGGUGUAAAGAGGCUUCUUUGUGCACCAAGCCUUUAAAUUGUGAGCAGCAAGCUGCUACUUCCAUUUUUCCUGAUCAUUUUGCUCAAGGAUCUCAGCCCUCUCACCAUGAAGAGCGUUGCUCUUCUUUUCCUAGUAGUGAUCUGUGGCAUGGGAGGUUUCGGACAGAAGCUGAAACCAAAGAAAAGAAGCAAUGGGGAAGAAAUCAGCUUUCGGACUAAAGCCAAAGACGCUUGCACAAUGAGCAUGAGUGGGGAUGAGGAGAUGAAGCUUAGAAUUGAAUGCAAAAACCAAGACAAGUCCUACUGGUGUGAAUUCACCGGCAAACCAGCAGUCUGUCGUCCUUUUAGAAAGAAUCCGAAGAUUUACUGGAACCAGAUCGCCGUGGAACUUCGGAAGCUCCCGCAUGCCUGUGAAUCUACUCAAGUGCUGAAGGCCACCAUGUGCCAAAAGGCUCCCCCAGAUGCUGAGAUGAAGCAAAUAGCUGCUGGCAUGGGGCUGGAAGAUCUAACAAACCAGGAGAAAUCGGUCCAGAAAAUGUUGGCUUCUACAAAGGGAGUAGGGAAGGGCUCCGUAAAGAAGAUGGGGAAACCGCCUGUAUCACCUCUUAUAAAACCAGCCCAACAUGGCCAAGGGUCUGUGAACGAAACUGAAGCAAUGAAACUGGCACGAGAGCAUUGCUGGGAAUCACUGCAUGGUUUCUGCUCCUACAUUAUCGGCAUCUUUAGAGGUUAAGGAUUUGCUUCAGGUAAAACUCCCCCUUCAAGCACAGCAGAAAAUACCUAAGAAUAAUCCUGUAAGAGUAAUGCGAUUUUGUUAUUCUGUUCUUGGGGCGCUCUCAAGGGUAUGGAGAGGUUGUAGUCUCACUAACUCUUCAAAGUUGCAAAGCCAGAACUGGGGUCUCUGCAGGUCUGAACAUUGAACUCUGGUAGUUCA